AUGCCAUUUGGGCUGUGCAAUGCCCCAGCUACUUUCCAGAGAUGCAUGACCUCCAUUUUUUCAGAUCUGAUAGAGGAGAUGGUAGAAGUCUUCAUGGACGAUUUCUCAGUCUAUGGAGCAUCCUUCUCCUCAUGUUUGUCUAACUUGUGCAGGGUGUUGCAGAGGUGUGAGGAGACAAAUCUAGUACUCAACUGGGAGAAGUGCCACUUCAUGGUUCGAGAAGGGAUUGUGCUUGGACACAAGAUUUCCGAGAAAGGGAUCGAGCUCGAUCGAGCUAAGGUGGAUGUCAUGUUGCAGCUUCCUGUUCCCAAGACUGUGAAGGACAUCAGGAGUUUUCUGGGUCAUGCAGGGUUCUACAGAAGAUUCAUCAAGGAUUUCUCAAAGAUAGCAAGACCCUUGACAAGGCUUCUAUGCAAGGAGACAGAUUUUGAGUUUGAUGAAGAAUGCCACAAGUCUUGGACCUUGCUGAAGGAUGCUCUGGUAUCUGCCCCAAUAGUUCAAGCUCCAAACUGGGAUCACCCAUUUGAGAUUAUGUGUGAUGCAUCUGACUAUGCAGUAGGAGCAGUGCUUGGCCAAAAGAUAGACAAGAAACUCAAUGUCAUCUACUAUGCAAGCAAGACUAUGGAUGAUGCUCAAUGCAAGUAUGCAACCACAGAGAAGGAGCUCCUUGCCAUAGUCUUUGCCUUUGAGAAGUUUCGAAGCUAUAUAGUUGGGUCCAAGGUGAUUGUGCACACUGACCAUGCUGCCCUUAGGCACAUCUUUGCUAAGAAAGAUACAAAGCCAAGACUUCUCAGAUGGAUCCUUUUGCUUCAAGAGUUUGACAUAGAAGUUGUGGACAAAAAGGGAGUGAAAAUGGAGUUGCUGAUCAUCUCUCUAGGAUGCGAGUUGAAGACAUAG